CUCGUCUCAUGCUGUGCUCAAUAACCGGACGAAUACUACUCAAACCACUGUCUCGUCGUUCUUCUUCAGUCCGAGCACGUCAAAUUCGAAGGAUGGCAGCAAAGGCAAACGUCCUGCACCCGCUGUCGCGAAGGAGACCGCGAAUAAACGCGCCAAGUUGGACGAGGAGAUCGAAGAGGAAGAGGAUACAGAUGUUGAGACUAGUGAUGAGGAGGAAGACGCUGACUUGAUGGACGUUGACGCGAGCACCUCGAAGCAGAGCCGGAGGACACCCUGGAGAAUGAUGGGUGCGAGGGCGAUGGGAAGACCGGGGUUAUCAUCACAAAGAGUGAACUUCUCUACGCGACCAAUUCUACAGGCCUUCGUCUCCUCGCAUAAGUCAGACGUGUAUAAGUGUCAAUCACAGGACGAAGACUCAUAUUUGACACCACCAUAUGCUUGUGCAUAUACACACGCUGCCAAACGAGGAGGCAAAGCUGUCUUAGCUGUCGCGACGGAGCAAGGAACAGUACACAUCCUUGAUACCUCAAAACGCAAUGACUGGGAUUACGAACCCCAACGAGCGAUUCUUCCUCUCCACGCCAACGGCAUCUUCGACGUCCAAUGGUCUCCUCGGGACACCCACAUUGCCACAGCGUCAGGCGACCAUACCACUGUCAUUUUCGAUCCCUCACACACCAUCAAUAAUCCACUCCAUACUCUUCGCGGCCACGCCAGCACAGUGAAGUGCGUCACCUGGGACCCUACGAAUGAGGCCUUGCUGAGCACAGGCGGCAGGGACGGUGGUAUUUGUGUUUGGGAUUUGAGAGCGGGUGAUGGCGGGGAGAUGCAUCCGGUCAUGAAGAUCGAAGCAGCACACGGAAAGGAGGCAACGCCCAAGGGGAAGAGAAAGUUCAAAGUCGCGGUGCCUGCUGCCAGGACAGUCACAAGCGUAGUGUACGGCGAGGAGCAUCCGUACGGGCUUGUUAGCUCAGGCUCAUUCGAUGGCAUUUUGCGUUAUUGGGAUCUCCGCCAACCUACCCCAUCCCGUCGCGCAAAGACCACCCGAUCAAUCAAAGAACCUCUCUUCGUCUCCCAAACCGACCCUACAGCACUCAACGAAACAUCCCGCCGUCCUCGCGGCCUCGCUUCCCUCGUUCCUGGCUCAGGACCAACCGCAGGCCUCCUCUUCGGUCUCAGCACAGACUCGCAAAUCUAUACCUACCACCUGCCUACGCUAUCCCCACUCUCGUCAUCAUCACCAUCCCCACACAACAAUACCACGUUCUCGGACGAGCGGAUGCAGAGUAAUUCGUUUUACGUGAGGCUGGGGCUUAGUCCCUGUGGAAGAUGGUUGGCGAGUGGAUGCGCAGGACAAAGAGGAAGCGCAUUCUUGUGGGAUGUGGAAAACACUGGAAGGAUCGGUCGUGGGCCUGGUAUUGCGCUUGGUGGCGGUGGGGAUGAUUCGAAAGCGGUAGAGUUGCGGGGCCAAAGUGGUGAGGUGGGAGCGGUGGAUUGGGCAGAUGGGUGUGUUGCGUCAUGUGCGGACGAUGGAACGGUGCGCGUCUGGAGGCCUGAUAUCGAGGCAAAGAGAAUGUGUGAAGAGGAUCCGGAGAGUGCGAAGUGGGAUUGGGCGUGCGCAAAUUGACAGAACUUUAGAUGUAGCAAAGUGUUCUUUGCCUGUUUUGUGGAGCAUUCAUUCAUCUUGUCUUUAAC